CAUCUUAUGACCAUUUGUUUUAACAACCACUCAAAUGGUGCUGAAGAAAGUGACUUCCGCCUGGGUCCUCGCACUUACGACUGUCACAACCUCCCGCUGGUCCCUUGCCAGGAUGGCCUCCAGCAGACCUGACCCCCCCCCUUUCUGAUGCCUCUCCCCCCCCUGGCAGGGUGGUUUCUUCCCGGAGCACGUGAGGUCCAUGACCAGCCUGCGAUGGCUGAAGCUGAACCGGACGGGCCUCUGCUACUUGCCGGAGGAGCUCUCGGCCCUCCACAAGCUGGAACACCUCUCCGUCAGCCACAACAACCUGACCACCCUCCACGGAGAAUUCUCCAGCCUCCCUUGCCUGCGGGCCCUCGUCGCUCGGGCCAACGCGCUGAAGAAUUCCGGGAUUCCUUAUGAAAUCUUCCAGCUGGACGACCUCUCGGUCCUGGACCUGAGCUACAACCAGCUGACUGAGUGUCCACGGGAGCUGGAGAACGCCAAGAAUAUCCUGGUGCUCAACCUCAAACAUAACAGCAUAGAUAGCAUCCCCAACCAGCUCUUCAUCAACCUGACCGACCUGCUGUACCUGGAUUUGAGUGACAACAAGCUGGAGAGCCUGCCCCCCCAGAUGAGGCGCCUGGUGCACCUGCAGACCUUGCUCCUGAGUAACAACCCUCUGAUGCACGCCCAGCUCAGGCAACUCCCUGCCAUGACGGCCCUGCAAACGCUCCACCUGCGGAACACGCAGAGGACACAGAGCAACCUGCCCACCAGCUUGGACGGCCUGACCCGCCUGGCAGAUGUGGACCUCUCUUGCAAUGACCUGAGCCGGGUUCCGGAGUGUCUCUAUACUCUGUCCAACCUGCGGCGGCUGAACCUGAGCACUAACCAGAUUUCGGACCUGUCUCUUUGCAUCGACCAGUGGACGCAACUGGAGACCCUCAACCUGUCAAGGAACCAGCUGACUUCCCUGCCGUCCGCCAUCUGCAAACUCACCAAACUAAAGAAGCUCUACUUGAACUCCAACAAGCUGGACUUUGACGGUAUCCCUUCCGGCAUCGGGAAGCUGGCCAACCUGGAGGAAUUCAUGGCUGCCAACAACAACCUGGAGCUCAUUCCCGAAAGCCUCUGCAGGUGUGUGAAACUCAGGAAGCUGGUGCUGAACAAGAAUCGCCUGGUGACCUUGCCGGAAGCAGUGCAUUUUCUGACGGACGUGGAG